AUGGGUAGUUGUGUUCAUCAUGAUGGUUUUUUGUAUGACAAUUCCGAAUCUGAUUUAAAAAUCUAUACACCAAGUGAAACAGCUAUAUCUCUCGGUAAACUUGAACAUCAAGCAAUUAAUAAUGCGACUAUGCAUGUAGAAUUCGAAUGGAAAAAGAGAGCAUUCAAAUGGAUAUGUUACGAUGAUACAUUUACAGUCGGACGUUCGAGUGGUUGUAAACGAGGCAAACAUGGAUUUUUUGUUCUGGACAACAAUCAGUCAAAUGAAAAUAUAACUAACAAUAAGAUGAAUCGUAUGACUCAGGCGACAGUUGAAGAGUGGGAAGAAGCUUGGCGUGACAAUAAGGAAUACGCCUAA